AUGGCGCCGAAGAGACGGUCUGCCCGUGUAGCCGAGAGUGACGGCUCGCGCAAAAAGGUGAAGGUCAGCACAACAACCUCAACCUCGCCACCGCUACCGCAAUCCUCGUCUCCUCCUAGCCCUGCCAGUGCUGUUGAGACUGCCAGUGCAUCGAAGAGCGCCAUAGACGCCAGCUCCCAUGCUGCGCCUGCUGCGCCUGAAACCGAUGCUGUCACGUCUGCGCCGAGCUUGACCUUCACGUCUUACGAAGUUCCCUCCAAGUCCAUGGCCAAACCGAUCUCAUGUCUACGGAGCCAUCCACCCUCGUCGCCACCCGUAUCAUUGAUUUUCACGCACGGCGCGGGCGGAGGCCUAUCAGCACCUGCGAUGACCAAUUUCUGCCACGGCUUCGCCUCGACGGGGACAGCAAUUGCAUGUUUCCAAGGACCCAUGAAUCUCCCGGGCCGCGCUGGCAUGUUCGCUACAGUUCUCAACUACGAAUACGAGAAGCAGCAGACAGGCAAGACUCCGGAACUAGAACUAGAAGGGGCCCAAUUGGCUUUUGGCGGACGAAGCAUGGGCGCCCGAGCAGCAGUGAUGGCCGCACACAGCGACAAAACCAUCGAUUUGCUGAUAUUGGUGUCGUAUCCUUUGGUCGCCCCGAGCGGCGAUGUGAGAGACCAGAUCCUUUUGGACAUCCGGCCCGAUACAGAGGUGCUGUUCGUCUCCGGCGAUGGCGAUUCGAUGUGCGAUCUGGCGCGGCUGGCGAAGGUGCGGGCAAAGAUGAAGGCCAAGACGUGGAUGGUCGUCGUCAAGGGCGCGGAUCACGGCAUGAAUCUCAAGGGCGGGGCGAAGCUGAAGAAAGCCACUGAGGAAGUGGGGAAAGAGACGGGGAGGAUUGCGGCCACAUGGAUCCAGCGGCGGGAUGGUACUAGUACGACGCGAGAAAUGGUCUUGAAGUGGGACCCAGACCGUCAGCGCGUUCUUGGGCAAUGGGGACAUGAGCAGGCUGCUACAGCACAUGACAAUGUCGGGGGUCCAGCUGAGAAAGGGGGCAUUAAAAGAUACUUUGCGAAGACUGAGAUUGGAACGGAGGGAGACGAGGCUGAGAUAACGAGUCCCAAAGCGAAGCGGAAAAAGGAGGUGCAAUGA